AUGCACAUUGUUCAUCUUGAGCCUGCUUUGGGACAGUCAUCGUGGAAAGGGGAGCUGCCAUGCAGAAAAUGGGACUGUGACUGUACGUUCAAGCGCCAGCGCGGCUGCUGCUGUGCUGCCACAGAGCUCAAAGAAGUGGAGGAUCAAAUUUUCCAGAGAGUGAUGGACUUGUCGAUGAACAUUUUCCAGCUGGGAGACUCCAUCUUGGAAGUCAUAGGAGGAAUCAGAGUUGCUUUUACAGCUUCACUGAGCAGAAAGACCUGCUUUGGACCUUUCACCAGGAACAGACCCAUUCCUUAUGAUGCUAUCAGCCUCAACCAUGGAAGUGGAUACAACCCCACACUGGGCCUUUUCACUGCUCCUCGUUCUGGACUGUAUUCCUUCUCCUUCUCAGUCUACUCCAAGGUGCAUGGAGAAAGUGAGAAGAUGUACUACAAGGUGCAGCUCAUGAGAAAUGGGGAGGUGGUGGCGUCCACUUGGGAAGACAAUAGAGAGGACUCAGAGGACAGCAGCUCCCAGACAGCACUACUGUCACUUGACCAGGGAGGCCAGGUCUAUGUAGAGCUACUCAAUGGCAGGCAGCUUUGUGGAAACAUUCAGGGCCUGAACACCUUCUCUGGAUCCUUGAUUUACCCCACCCUAGCCUGA